CUGCACACGAGUUUCAAGUUCUUUGCACUCAGCACUCUUCUCUAGCUUCCCACCUCACGCACUGAUGUAUAGUCAUAAAGCGUUAGGGUACGGGCAGCGACCACCCGUAUCAACAGCUUCCACAGGAACUGAUCAGCGCGGAAUCAGCAAAAACGUGUGCAAACCCAAACAAUACACCUUUUCUCUGACAGAAUAACAGACUCCGGCGUGACAGCACGAGACAAAAGCCCUGAUGAGACCGACAGAAGACUAAUAACACCAUAACCAGCUGCACCCAGGCACCUUGGAGCAGCAUCUACCCACGCCGGGUCAUGAGGAUGUCCUGCUGCUCUGUACGUGGUUUAGAUGAACCCUGUGACCAGGUCGUCUCUGAAAACACGGCGUUGUCAUCGCGCGAGCACCAGACGGCCUAGCAUCGCACGUGUCUACUAAAGAAAGGAUAAUCAUGAAAGUUCAAAGUGUCGUUUCGGCGAUCUUACUGACUUCCAGCCUCGCUACCUGCGCAUAUGCUCUGCCUGUCGACGCCUGCGCGUACAUUCAAAACAAAAACUGUGUUUGCCUGACUGAACUGUCACCACUAUUAGCCAUCAGAUGUGACCUGACAGAAAAGCCUAUUCAGCCGAUAUUUCCUAACACAUCCAGCCUUGCAUUUUCGCUAGACAAGCUGGAUCUGUCCAACAGCCAUCUUGGGGAUUUGCCCCUGGACUUUCUGCAAGCAGUAAGCGAUGUGAGAGCCUUGAUUUUGGCUGGCAAUGACUUUAGAGAAAUACCCUCUGCUCUCUUCCGUUUGAAUACUGUCAAACAUUUGGACCUAUCCCAAAAUUUAUUCAGUGUCUUUCCAGUCGACUCCUUGUGGCAGCUACAAGGCCUAGAAGUUCUAAACCUCACCAGAAACCAAAUUCAGCAUUUGUCGGGUCCUCAGUCCAGCGUGGAGCUGAAAAGUCUAAAAAUCCUAGAUGUGUCUGCAAACUACAUUGGAGACAUCUCGUCAGACUGCUUUUCCUCCAUGAUCUGGCUUGUUAAUCUUGACCUAAGCCACAACCAGCUGAAGGAGGUGACCGUCAGGAUGUUCCCCACACUUAAGUAUGGUCUCCUAUCCCUGAAUCUCUCUCACAACCAGAUCACCUCAAUCCAGCCCUUAGCCCUACAGCAUCUGCUGCACCUACGGAUGCUGAUUCUCUCCCACAACUACCAGCUGGCAGAUGUACAGGAUGUCAAGUUCCCCCAGCACCUGGCCUACUUGGACCUCAGCCACUGCGCCCUCAGCAACAUCUCCCACUGCCAGAUUAGCACUCUCGCAGACCUCACCUACAUUGGGCUAGAUGGAAAUGACUUACAAUGCUCAUGCCAGCUGUACCUCUUACUGACUUGGUACCAAAGCCAGCAUUACAGAAAUGGCCUCUGGACCUACGGUCCAUACAACACUGAUUGGAACUGUACCUUUCCAGAAUAUGGUGCAGAGUCUACAUCUGGUGUUGCUACCAGCACCAGCACCAUCAACACUCCCUCCACUAACCACUCUGCAAUCACAGAGGUCAUCCACGAGGAUGACAACACCAGAGCCAACACCAGUUGGGGGGCUGUUAGCAAAGUGUUUGUUAAUCAGCUAACAAACUGCAAGGACGACAAAGGUCACUGCAAUCCUCUAGAACAUUACCUACAUCACAGCAAAAACAACAGCAAGGUGGAAGUGAAGCUAAAUGUUGUUGCCUCUGGAGAAAGCAUAAUAGCUUCAUGGGAGGUGACUGACAAUGGAGGGGUGCUAGUCGAUGGCUUCCGACUCCAGUAUAUGCCUGAGAAUAGUCUACCCAUGUUUUCUCCGGUGCUGAGCCCUGACCAAAUGAGCUACACCAUGACCCCUGAACAACUAGAACAGCACUACAGAGUCUGCCUAGAGGUGCUGGCAUAUGAGACUGUGAUUGUGAAAGAAGAAUGCCAGAUGUUUAAAGAUGAGCCUGCCAACAUCGUAGUGGGAAUCCUUGCAGGAGUUAUCUUUCUGGUUCCAUGUGUGAUAGCCAUGAUAGUGAUCUUAUACAAGGACCGCAUUUUGCAUAAAGAGUACGAGAAAUUACUUGAAAAUGAUGAUGAUUCCAAUGUAAGCCCAACAAAAGAAAGCAAUGCUUUAUCUACCAAACCUAAAAUGACAAACAUGUCAGAGGACAACCUGGAGGCCAAAAGAGAAGCAGCAAAAGAAGAUGAGGACAUCAACUCACAGAUCUCCAAAACCAAAUGCUCUGACCCAAGUAUGAACCAUGAAGGCAAAGUAGAGGUGGUCUAUGAGAAUAUAUCUGUUCAAGCCCCUGCUGCUAAAAAUAAGCUAACUGCACCUUCUGUCCUGCCUUCAAUUCCAGAAAGUUCUCCAAACUGCAGCAAAAAAUCUGGGCCUUCAAUCUCUCCUGAAGCAAGUACUGCAGAACAUUCAUUAGGUAAGGACAACUCUGCAUUCAAGCAUUCCACAGAAGAGCUUCAGAUUGAGUCAACAGAUUUUUGAUCAUCACUCAUGUCCAAAGUGAAAAUGGCAUCACGAUAGGCAGCUUCAACUGCAUACAAUUAUCCGGUAAGGCUUAUGUAAAUGGCAUCCCAUGAAAUGCAAGCAGCUUCCAUUUGUAUGUAAGCAGAACAUGUGUUCAAGAAAUGAAAAGAAUCACAGCAACAACAAUCAUCUAUAUUUAUGAAAUCCUGUAUGAGCAACAAAGAAGUGAUUUCAAUGAGAAGGUUUCAACUAAGAGGAAAGAUAAUUAUCAAGUGCAUUAUUCCAAAGCACAUGUAUCUAGUUACAGUGAUGUCACAGUGGCUGGGAAAGGUAAAAUCUCAGAAUGAACAGUGACUUGAAGAGACAUUAUUGGACACCUGCAAUAAUUUAAAGACUGCCGUGACACAUACAGAGACAAGACAUUCAGUGCAAGUGGUGUGUAUAUGUGCUCAUGCUGAUGCAUGAAUGUGCACGCAAAGGGAUAUAUACCUGAAAUAUAUUAGCUCAACUGCAGACAUGUGGGCUAAAUCUUUGCAAAAGAUGGUGCUUGUAUGAACUGCUUGACAGUCAUCUAAGUCUUCCAAGGUAUACAUGUGUAAUUUUAUAUAAAUCCUCCAGUUUCAUACAUCGGCUCUCUAACAAUAAUCAAGAACAAAGCUGAUAUUUAGAUUGUUUUUAGAUGAAUCGUGAAACAGAAUCUCUUGCUAAAAUAACUAAGCAGCAGACAACAACAAAAACUAAGAUGAAAUGUAAAUUUGAUGGUGAGAAGUUGAGUACACUCUCCAUUCCAUGCUAAAAUACCAGCUGUUCAUUGAUAUUUUGUUAUUUGCAUUUUUUGUACACAUUUUACCUUGAAUUAGUUCUAUAUUUUUAAAUCUUUUAAAAUAAAUACUUAACCCGUUGUUCAUCUCUGUUUGUAUCAUUCUGUGUGGCACCCAAACACAGAUAUGUUGUAUUAAAAAAUAUGACAGAACUUCCAGUAAUCAGUAUUGAAGACUGUUACUUUUUGCUUAUCAAAACUUUAUUUUUGAUAAUUUUUAGUAAAAUUAUAUCACUGCUUUGUGGCUCUUCCCACUUAUGAAGGAAGAUUUAUAUCAGAGUGAAAGCUUGGACUGCAGAGGGUAAAAUUAGUACCCUUUCAUGCCAGUUGGUUGACAUUUAUGCUAAUCAUUAUGCAGUUUGUCUACACCUUGUCUCAUGAAAAUUAUUGUAAACACCCUAGACAUUGUUUUAAUUGAAUAAUAAAUCUGUUUUCUAUCUUC